AUGCCUCAACCUGCUACAAAUCAAUGGCUUGAAAUAGCAGAUACAUUCUAUUCAAAGACAAAUUUUCCAAACUGUUUGGGAGCUAUCGACGGUAAGCACAUCAGGUGCAGAAAUCCUCGAAAUUCAGGAUCAUAUUAUUUUAACUAUAAAAAAUAUUUUUCGAUAAUUUUAAUGGCUGUGGUUGAUGCUAACUUGAGUUGUGUGGUAAUUGUUGUUGGAGGUUAUGGAAGAGAAUCGGAUUCAAACGUAUUCAAAGAAUAUCCAUUUGGCAAAAAACUAUAUUCUGGCAUAUGCGGUGGCGUUCAUAACAUUGGUCAAAACUUUUUAAAUUCAUAUAGACCUCACAGGGAUGUCGCUGUUGAUGAAGCUAUGGUAAAAUUCAAGGGUCGAAGCACUCUGAAGCAGUAUAUGAAAGAUAAGCCAGUAAAAAGGGGUUACAAGUUGUGGAUGUUAUGUGAUAGUUCUGGGUACAAUUUAAAAUUUGAAGUGUAUACAGGUAAAAAAGAAGGGACAGUUGAAGCUGGUCUUGGAGGUAGGGUAGUACUUGAUUUAUGUAAGGAAUUGGAAAAUAAAAAUCAUGUGGUAUAUAUGGACAACUUUUUUUCAAGUAAUAUACUUUUUGAAAAUCUGUUGACUAAAAAAAUAUAUGCGUGUGGAACUGUUAGAGCUAAUCGAAAAUUUCUUCCAACACUUACAAAAGACAACCAGUUGCAAAGAGGCGAAUAUGAUUGGGCAACAAGCAAUAAGGGAUUGGCUUUUUAUAAAUGGAAAGAUCGAAAAGCAGUUCAUAUAUUAUCUUCUCUUCACUCACCAGAUGACAAAGUAUUUGUCAACAGGAAAGAAAAAGAUGGAAGUACUUCUAAAGUUCCAUGUCCUUUAGCAUUGAAGGAGUAUAAUUCAAAUAUGAACUUUGUUGACAACUUUGACCGUCUAAAAAAAGAUUACCAGUGUGAUAGAAAAAGCCAUAAGUGGUACAUGAGACUGUUUUUUCAUUUUAUUGAUUGCUGUGUUGUCAAUUCAUUUAUUAUUUACAAAGAAUUGGAUACAGAAGGUAAAAAAUUAACUAAUAAAAAUUUUCGUAGAGAGGUUUACACAGGCUUAUUAUCUAGAAAAUUAGUUGAUGUGCAAUCCCCAUCCAUAGUUAAAAAAAGAACUAAAUCCAAUAUUGAAAUCAGCAACCAUAAGCCACAUGUCUCAAAACAUUUGAGACUUACUGAAUCUAAACAUCAACCAACUGAAGGCAGUAGUAGAAGGUGUGCGAUGUGUUCAACUAAAAAAAAACCACAAAGAACAAAAUGGAUUUGUUCUACUUGUAAAGUUCCUUUGUGUAUCAAGAAAGAAAAAACUUGCUUUCAAGAUUAUCAUACAAAAUAA